AUGAAUUCUAGUUCUAGAGAAUAUAACAUUGUUAUAUUUUCUUCAAAUUCUGCCACACGUGUCACCCCUCCUUCCUUUUUGGUUUGGAUGGCCAUGAGAAUAUCUAGAGCUAGAAGGUUUAACUUUUUAAGAAGAGUUUUUCAUUACAAAAAUGGAUCAAGCUCCAAUAUUGGCUCCAACCCUUUCAAUUAUAGCACUUGGAUGAUGCUGGAGUUUAUUGCUUUGGUUGUCCAAAUAACAAUUACAACAUUGACUUUGGCCAUUUUCGAGAGGGAGAGACCUAUUUGGCCUAUGAGGAUAUGGAUUUCUAGUUAUGAUAUUGGUUGUAUUCUUGAUCUCCUACUACUUAUUUAUCUGACACAAGUAUAUUCUCGAAGCCUUUCUGAUAUGGAACAACAGAGAAACAAUGAAGAAACUAGGAUAUCACACUUGUUGAAUAAAUGGUCACUUGAGCAUUUCUUCGCCCUAUGGUUUGUGUUGGGCACUGUUUGGAUUUUUGAGUCACGUUUUGGAUCUUUUCGUGAUGCUUCAAAGUUCCAAGUGGUCUACAUCAUUCUCCUUGCUUGGAAUGCAAUGCGUUACUCUUUCCAUUUAUUAUUGUUUGUGUUGUUAUGCUUCUGUGUGCUACUAAUUAACACCUUCCUCAGCUACAACAUGAAUAUGGCUUCUUCUAAUGAUGAUGAUCAAAUUUCACAACUUCCAAGUUGGAGACAUAAAGAAGUUUGCGCCAUGUAA